AUGCCAGAGACCCAACCCUACAGAAACAUCCUCCUGAUCGGCGGCGGCGGCUCCCUCGGCACAAUCCUGCUCCACUCGCUCCUCUCCGAACCAACCUUCACCGUAACAGUCCUAACGCGGCACACCUCGACCUCGCUGCGCAGCAUCCGCGCAACCGGCGCAAAAACCCUCACAGUAGACGCCACAUACCCGGAGUCCGACCUCGUCGCCGCAUUCAAGGGCCAAGACGCCAUCGUCAACGCAAUCACCAGCUUCUCCGUCUCGCAGCAGCGCAAGUUCAUUGAUGCGGCGGUGGCCGCGGGCGUCAAGCGCUACGUCCCGUCUGAGUACGGGCUUGAUAAUAAUGAUGCGCGGGCGAGGGGGCUCAGUCCCGUGUUCAAAGAGAAGGGGCAGGUGCAGGAUUAUUUGAGAUCCAAGGAGGACAGUGGGUUGAGUUGGACGGCGGUUGCGUGUGGGAUGUGGAUUGGGUGGUCCCUCCGGAACAACUUCCUGGGCCUGGACUACGCCAACCGGACGAUGACGCUGACGGACGACGGGCUGGGCCUCUUUUCGACGACAACACUGGCUAACACUGCGCUGGCUCUGAACCGCAUCCUUUUGAGCCCCGGUGCCACCGCAAACCAGAUCGUGUUCCUGAGCGACUUUGCCACGAGCCAGGCGGAGCUCGUGGAGACGAUCGAGCGGGUUACGGGCGAGAAGUGGAAGCGGAAGACCCUCAACACGACAGAGGCAAUUCCUGCGCUUACGGAGGCCUGGAACAAGGGUGAUGCUGCGGCUGGGUAUGGGCUGAUUAAUCUGGGUUUUACGAAGGGGGAGUAUAGUGGGCACUUUGAAGGGAGGUAUGAGAUUCGGAAUGAGGAGCUGGGGUUGCCGGGGAAGGACCUUGAGGGGGUUGUUAGGGAGGCGUUGGCGGAGAUUGGGCAUCCUGGUUUCUAA